UCUAAGACAGUACAAACAAUGGCUAUAUAAGUGUGCCCGUUAACAGAAACAUGAGUCAGGUGCAGGUGGACAUGUUGUAGUAGAGUGCAGUGGCUGAUGGGAACUGAAGUCCAGAGUUACCUCCUUGAUAUAUGACAAUCUGAGUAUUAAGUAGGAAGUAGAAUGAAUUAAAGGGAGUGAAAAAAUGUCUGUGGAAGACUUUUGGUGUAAAGACAAUUUGAUAAUAAUUACCCCAGCAGACACAAUUGAGACUUAAAGUGUAUGAGAGCUUUGUGAGGGAUCAAUAUUGAGUUGGAGAGGAGAUGUACACAUAGGACACUUCAACAGACAAUCCUAUCAUCCUUUCCACCCGCCUCCAUUAUGUAACAGAAAGCAAGACCUCAACAUGGAUGCAGCCGAAUUUUUCAGGGUCCAAGAGGCCCUGUAUUAAAAUUUAAAGCUGAGGUGGGAGAAGGAUGGAAAGUUCUCCUUCAUUAAAAACAAUAGGGAAUGGCUCGACGUGAUGUACUCUGUCAUGGGGUAUACCAAAGGGGAGGCUUCCAACCAGUCUGGAACCAACUCCAACCCUCCCUCCUCCACUGUGUCCAUCUAGUCCAGCCUGCCAUGUCGAUGGAGAAUGUCGUUCGGCCUCCUUGCUCUUCUGAGAACGCCGCUCAGCAUCCCUGUUCAGCUGAGAAUGCUGCUCAGAAUUCCUGUUCAGCUGAAGACGCUGCUCAGUCUCCCUGUUCAGCUGAAGACAUUGCUCCGCCUCCCGCUGCGGUCAGGAGCUCUGCUUUUCUUCCCUGUUCCACCAUGGAGGUCACUACGCCAGGCUCCGCUUCGAACUUUACUCUGCCUUCCUGCUCGGCUGAGGACGUUGCGCCGCCUUCCUGCUCGGCUGAGGAUGUUGCGCCACCUUCCUGCUGUUCUGAGGACGUCGCUCCGCCAUCCUGCUGCAUUGAGGACCUCGCUCUGCCUCCAUACUCCGCUGAAGACGUCAUUCCUUAUGGCACAUUGCUUUGUUCCAUAUGUUGCUCCCCCUUUCUGCUCCACGGAGGGCAUCGCUCCUCCCUCUGGCCUCGCGGAGAACCUCGCUCCUCCCUCUGGCCUCACAGAGAACCUCACUCCUCCCUCUGGCCUCGCGGAGAACCUCGCUCCUCCCUCUGGCCUCACAGAGAACCUCACUCCUCCCUCUGGCCUCGCGGAGAACCUCGCUCCUCCCUCUGGCCUCGCGGAGAACCUCGCUCCUCUCUCUGUCCUCGUGGAGAAUUUUUCUCCUCCCUCUGGCCUCAUGGAGAACUUUGCUCCUCCCUCUGGCCUCAAGGAGAACUUCACCCCCCUCUAG